ACCAAUCGUUCUUCUUGGAAUGCGCUUUGCGCCUACGAAUUCCCGGGCGCUGGAAUGGCGAGUGAUGAGAAUCUCCAUGGAGCGCAAGGCAUCAGCGAGCUCUGCCAGCGCCUAGGCCCCGCGUGGACGUGCCAGGGCAGCGAGACCUCCACUGGCUUCUUCGUGGAGCUCCUCAAGUCCAACGCCACGCCAGUAGUCCCGCGAUCCACUCCAAGGCACUGCCCCAGCCUCCUCCUCACCCAGGAGGAGCAAAGGUGGAGAUUUGGCACUCGAGCCUUUGCCUAUUGCCUGGGACUGGCCUAUUGCUUCCUGGGACUGGCAGUGAUCACUCGCGUCUACAUGAGAGCUCUGGAUUCCAUCGUUCGCCACAGCAGGAAAUCGGUCCACAGGGAUCCCAUCACUGGGCUCAGAAUUUUCAGCGAGAGGAGGAUCUGGAAUCCCACCGUCGCGGACAUCACGCUCCUCGCGCUGGGAACUUGUGCUCCACAGGUCUCGCUCGCGGUGAUUGAUGCCUUCCAACACAUUGGACAAACUUCUGGCAGUUACACUCCUUUUUCUUUCUUCUUUUUUCUCUUUUGUUGUUCUUGGAUUUGUAUUCUUCUCUUUUGUCAUCUUUGCAUUGAUGGAGCUUCGUUUCCUCGGAUGUUUGCAGAGCUUGGAGCUGGAACGCUGCUCGGAUCGACGGCAUUUAACUUGUUCUUGAUACUCGCGGUUUGCGUCGUGGCUCCCAAACGCUUCCAGACCAAGUCGAUAAGGAACGUUGGAGUUUAUAUCAUCGAAGUUGUUUGGUCUUUCUGGGCCUACGUCUGGCUCUUUUUGAUCUUGGAGAUCUGGACUCCCAACGAGAUCACUCUCUGGGAAGCAGUCUUGACAGUGGCACAGUUCCCACUUCUGGUUCUUCACGCUUACGUCCAAGACAGGAACUGGAAAUAUUUGUCAAUACCACUGAGAGAGUCGGACGCUAUCGAAAGCUCGGACAUGAACAACUUACAUGAGCUCGCCAACGUUUCUCGGAGCUCCAAGUUCGCGGCCAUGAGGACCUGGAGAGGCAUUAUGAUGAGUCUUAUGGCAGAUAUAUCGAAGGCUCCGAGUCGUCAGCUGCGAAGGCAGCGGUCUUGCACUUCACCGAUGGCAGCGCGGAUGUUUUCGGUAAGAGAGUUGGUUGCCACUCGGCCUCAUAAUUUUCGUUUGUUCUUCUUUUCGAGCCGAGCAGAAGACGUUGAUACGAGCAGCAGAGACAACUUCGCGUUUCUGAGAGAGGGAGCCGAAACCGAGCAUUUCUCUUGGAAAGCUCUGGGUACCGCGUGGAAGAACCAGUUUUACGAUGCCAUGACCGUAAGCUUCUUCGGUUCCCUCGACUUUUUUGCUGAACUUUGUUUUCGAUGUCAGGUAGCUAGCAUCGAAGAGGGUCGUGGUCAAAGGAAGCGCACUCCCUCGACGCUCCAGUUGCUACUCCAUCCCAUUGUCUCUUACUGGAAAGUCAGCUUUGCUUUCAUUCCCCCCGUUCAACUUCUUCACGGAUGGCUCGCGUUUCUGGGCUCCAUUUGCUUCAUUACAUGGAUCUCCUACGUCGUUGUCGCGCUCUCAAAUCGCAUCAACUGCGUGACAGGAAUCAGCUCCUACGUACUGGCUUUGACGGUGUUAGCGGCAGGAACGUCCCUUCCAAACCUUAUGGCGAGUAAGAUCGCUGCGGAGGAAUACGACACUGCGGAUUCAGCCAUAGCAAACAUCAAUGCGAGCAAUUGUAUCAAUGUUUACGUGGGAUUUGGCGUCCCGUGGUGCGUCUCAGCACUCUAUAGCACGGGCUUCCAUCAGAAUCUGGUGGUUCCCGUAGAGGGAUUGAAAUUUCUGCUCUCGGUCUAUUUCUCCACGGCAAUAACGUGCUUCGUUGCUCUUACAGCGAGGCGACGUCUUCUGGGAGGAGAACUAGGUGGACCCCGGAAAUGGGCUUGGGCUUCUGCCAUCUUCUUUUUCCUUCUCUGGAUCACAUUCUUGACGCUUGCUUGUUUGGCAGGCAGAUUUACGUGAUCUGUUGUAAAAAUAAGCCAUCAAUUACACAUAGAAUCAAUUCUUUUGCCA